CUGGGGGAUAGGCUAAAAUGAGGUGCAACUGAGAAGAGAAUUGCUUCUGAAAGAAUGAUUUUUAGGCAACUGUUUUCAUUUAUUGGAAAAGGUAGACGCGUUUUGAACACCUCAACUUUACAGAGGUUUUCCACUUCAUGUAGUGUUGCCAACUCAUUUGAUGAAAACAUUCUUAAAAUUCUUGUGUGUCCACUCUCCAAAAAGCCAUUAAGAUAUGACAAGGAAAAGAACGAGUUGAUUUGUGAUGAUAUUGGAAUUGCAUAUCCGAUUAUCAACGGAAUACCUAAUCUUGUGCCACAAGAUGCCAGAGUAAUUAAAUCGGAUGCUGAAAAAGACAAUGUAGAUACCACAAAGACGAAAGAAUAAAACACCUUCUAGACUUUAAUUGUAUAAUAAAUUCUGCCUUAUUUCCUGUUUCGAUAUGUAGGAUAAUGUUUGUAGUUUAUUAUCAAUAAAUGUAAUUUUUUGAUGACGACAGCAUUUUUUGAUAC